CAGGCUCUAGUCAUGAAUGAAGAAGUAUUUAGCCAGAAGAAUCAUGAACUGCACCUACUGCAGAAUCAGAUAAAGACUUUACUACAGGAAAAUGAAGAACAACUGGAAUCUUUAAAGGAGGCUGAAGAAGCACAUAGAUUACAGAAUGAUAAAAUAGUGGAACAGCAAAUGCUGAUUGAUCAGCUAAAAGAAAAAUUAGAGACAUUUACAGAUGUUAAAACUUUGGACUUCUCAAGUGCUUGUCGAGAUGGGCCAGCUGCUGUGGCAUCUGCAAGGAGGCCAUACAGUGUCCCACUCACAAAGAGUCUGCUACACUCCCUUCACCCACCUUCCGGGACGGAGACCCGAAAGGUGCAUACAAGCGCCGCUGCCUUCUCGCUGGCCCGGAUAAUGGCAGAAUUCCAUGCUCGCAGCCAGAUGAUACUAAGCAACAUAGAAGAUCAGGAUAAAGUCCUUCACUGCCACUUAUCUGAUCUGAGUGAUGAAGAGGAAGAAAAUACAGGCAGCAAAAAGAAAACUUCAUUUAAGCAUUCCAUAAACCGAACAUGGACACGAAAACAGGCUUCUCUGUGCUUUCUUCCUGAUCUAAGUGAAAUGAAUCAACAAGUAGACAAGUCUGGUUUAUCCAGCAAAUCUGCACUACAGACUGACACAACCACAGGUGAAGAGAUUGACAGCCUCCAGAAAAGCCAUGUUUUUAACAUGCAGAAGUUAAAGAAUUCAGAGUUGAGACUCACUGAUGCUAUGCAAAAAAUGAGAGAACUUGCACUUAAUAUCAAAAUGAAAGAGGAACUUAUUAAGGAAUUACUAAGAACAGGUAGGGAUGCUCAGACUGUAAGCAGGCAAUAUUCUUUGAAGAUAAGUAAACUGGAGCAAGAAUCUGAGCAGGCCAAAAUGGAACUGGCUGAAACACAAAAGCGGCUUCAGGAGCUGGAGAGUAAAGAGAUGCGAGACGUUCCUGAGAAAGCCAAGUUACAAAAAGAGUUCCGGAAGAAGAUUGAUGCAGCUAAGUUGAAAGUGCAGGCCUUACAGAAGAAACAGCAAGACACUAAGAGUCUGGCUUCAUUAUCUAACCAAAGUGAGAGACAAGCAACAGAACUUGAGCAGAACGUGGCUCAGAUGAAACAUCAGCAGACCCAACUACAGAAGAGACUGUGUGUGGAGAGCAAAAAAAAGCAGCAACUGGAAGCAGAGAUUCAGCGGGACCAGCAACAAAUUAAAGAACUUCAACUACAGAUGGAGCAACAACAGAAGAUCCUUAAGGAUAAAGAGAUUGCUGCAUUUAAAAAGAAGAAAUGUAACUCACUGGAUACUUCACAGAAGCUACGGAGAUUAGAAGAGCAAAAGAAAUGGCUGGAUGAAGAAAUGGAAAGAAUUCUCCAACAGCACCAACAGUUAGUAGAACUAGAAGAAGAUUUAAAGAAAAGAGAAGCCAUUGUAGCCAAAAAAGAAGCAUUAUUGCAAGAGAAAAGCCACCUGGAAGUCAAGAAACUGAGAUCAAGCCAGGCUUUAAACAAAGAUAGUAUGAAAUUGUCUACUCGCUUAAGUAUGCUGGAUCAGGAACUGUGUGAUAAAGAUAUGCAGCUUCAGGGCAGCACCACUGAAGAUAAGACACAUAUUUUGGAAAAAAUUCAGGUUCUCCAGAGGGAAAGGGAUCAACUGCUCAGAAGAAGAAAUAGUGUGGAUGAGAAACUGAAAGAUGGUAAAGUGUUGUCAACUGAGGAAGAACAUGUCCUUUUCCAGCUGGAAGAAGGAAUUGAAGCCCUGGAGGCUGCUAUUGAUUACAAGAAUGAAAGUAUUCAGAAUCGCCAGCACUUGCUUAGAUCAGCUUCUCAGAUUCUUUCACAGAGUGAGAAUAACGUAAUAGGAAAACUAGUUUCCCUGUCUGCUGCUGAGCUCAGAGCUAUUCUCUUCAAGUAUUUCAACAAGAUUGUUGGCCUACGUGAGUCUGAACAUAAAUUACAACUGCAGAUGGAAGAACAGGAAAUGAAGUUCAGAGACCAGGAAAGCGUAAUACGUCAAUUAGAAUCUGCACUUGAACAUAUCAAGUUGCAGUGUGACAGGCAGCUGACCCUGCAACAUAAAGAACAUGAGAAAAAAGUACAGUUAAUACUGCAUCAUUUCAAAGAACAAGACGUUGAAGGUAUUGCAGAAACCUUGAAACAGUAUGAAGUAAAAGUCCAGCAACUGGAAAAAGACUUAUUUUUCUAUAAGAAAACCAGCAGAGAGCUGAAGAAGAAAUUGAAGGGCCUCUUUGGAGAGUCACCCUAUCAAUUACUGGCAUCCACUAAAUAUAACAGUGUUGGUGAUAAGACAUCCAGUCAAGAUGAAGCAGAAGUUGCUUCUGAAGAAUCCAAGUCGACGCUUAACCCCGAAACCAAUAGUUGGUCAGGGAAAACAAAAGAAACAGAUAGAACAAGUAUUUUUAGAGCACAGCAGAAUUCAUGCAAGCUUGGAGAAGAUGCUUCAGAAUUUGGGUGCAACAGAGAAUGUUUUUUGAGCAUUCGUGAUGACAAAACAGGAACAGAUGAAGCUCAGCCUUUAAAAUCUCCUCCUCAGCUACCUUCUGUCAUCCAGAGAAGAGAAACCAUAGCACUGUUCCAAGGAGUAAUUCCAGUAAAACUAUCUCGCCGAAAGCUACGUUAUAUUCCUCCCUCUGAAUUAUCUUUGAGACGCUCAAGCCUUGGAGUUGGUGUCAGUUCUGUUGCUCCAGAUUCCAUCGAAAUGGACAAAAAGUCUAGUGUCAAUAAGACAUAG